ACUUGGGGACUGGACUGAAGCAUCCCAGGGUGAACCUGAUGCCCCCUGAAAGCCAACACCUUGUGCUUUUGUGUCGAUGUGGAAGCACAGGGGCACACCCUGUUUCUUAGAUCCACUGAUAUUCCUGUGCAUGAGCUGUCCCACUAGUUUAAUAGCAUCAUAUAUUACAUAUGACUGCCUACUGAAAUACUAAUGCAACACUCAGCCUUGUCCGUUCCAGAUUGUGAGAUAGCCUACCUUUAUAUGAAUUAUUUAGUGCUAUGAUGGAUCAGUGUCAUAAUCAGCUGCUGUUGUGCUUGCCAUAUGCUUAUUAUAUUUGUUUUUUUUUGUGAUUUAUUGGUGUAUUUUUGAUGUGACAAAAUAAUGGCAAUUGAUUUGAAUAUGUUUAUCUCAAUGACGAGAUCUGAAAUAGACAUGCUAUGUCUGGACCUCACUAUAAUGGUUAGUGGAGUUCGUGGCGUUAUAAAAAGGCUCACCAGAGGGCAGUAGAUCACCAAGUACCUCGACAUUCUCGACAUUUCAGCGCUCUGGCAAAUUGUAACUAGUUUUGAAGUUUUUAUUUUAGUGAUGACUUAACGAUUUUAAUAUGAUAUGUGCUUCUCACAACACUCUAAAAUGUGUAGGUUUAACGUGAUGUAUUGAUUUGAACUAACACGAUAAGGCCUACAAAUGUUUUUGGAAGACAUGAAACGUAGCCAAACUAUUUUGUUAUUAAUUUCCGACGCUUAUUUGUUUGUUUGGUUGCUUUGUUUGUUUGAAUUUGUCUUGUUCCUGGGUUUUCACUUUGAUGUAGGUCUAAUUAUGAAACAUUUUACAUUGUUCAUGUUGUGAAGGCCUAAAGUGCCAAUAGAUUAAUGUUUGAAGAACAUGAAAUGGCUUUCUUUGCUUUUUAUUUUCGCCAGGACAGCACUGUUUCCUGUCUGAUUUAGCCCCUCCUUGUUUGUGCCUCCCGCUCUCUCCAAUUUCCCAUUACUUUCUCUGAGCUUCGGUGCGUUCAGGGGGCUGAUCUUGUUCAGGAAAAAUCUCUGACAUUUGAGGCGCUCUAGAGAUUUAAUGAGCAUGCCCAGUGGCCGAAACCCCACAUAGAGGAAACGGGUGUACAUACGAGUCAUACCAAGCAUAGCCUGCGUGUCAGGGCAGUCUACUUACAGCGGGCUGUGAGGAGAUCUGGCGCGACCCUUUUGUCCCAAAUAAACAUUUCGUUUAAUUUUUAUUUUCCCUCACAAUUAGUAAAGUUCUAGAAGUGUUUUCUCACUUUUAUCCGGGUAGUUAUUUAAAUUCUUUGUCGCGUCGGAGCGCAUAACCCUUGCGGGCUAGAGAUUUAGGCUCUUAGCCCUCUGAAAAAAAAAGUUAAAGGCUGGGCCUUUAGCUUUAGGACACGAAUUCGCGAGAAAUAGACCGGUCGCACCAUUUCUCCCCCUGCCUCGAUUGAAAGCAAAAAAGCUGGUCUUUUUGCUGGCCCGAUAAAUGCUUCUUACGAAGAUGGACCUGUUGAACUAUCAGUACUUGGACAAAAUGAACAACAACAUCGGCAUACUUUGCUACGAAGGCGAAGCCGCCCUAAGAGGAGAGCCCAGGAUGCAGCCCAUGUCUCUCUCCUCGGCGGUCAGCAACCACAGGACCGGCCCUCCUCCCAUCAGCCCCAGCAAGCGGAAGCACAGCGGGGACCCAGCCCACGACGACCUGGACUGCAGCACCGAGCACGUGGCCAAGAUGAGCCGGCUGUUCGCCGCACAGUUAGGUAAACCAGUCAAUGGGGACUACCGCAAGGACCCCCGUGAGCGCAGCCGUAGCCCCCCGGAGCGAGCCUCCGUGCCGGCCGUGAGUUUGCACGCCGGGUCCCUGUACGGCCACAUGCCCAGCCUGGCCAUGGACCAGCCCCUCGCACUGACCAAACACAGCCUGGACGCCGCCCGCUCGCUAGUCCUCUCGCCCAACGUCAGCCCCGUCGAGCGCCAGCAGAAUCGGCCCUCUGUGAUCACCUGUGCCCCGGCCAACAACCGCAACUGUAACCUCUCCCACUGCCCCGUCUCCCACAACGGCUGCUCCUCUGGCCUGGCCCCCAACUACAGGAGACCCUCCAGCUCUAACAGUACGGCCUGUGACCCUGUGAUCGAGGAGCACUUCCGCCGCAGCCUGGGCAAGAACUACAAGGAGCCGGAGCCCGUGACCAACUCGGUGUCCAUCACCGGCUCGGUGGACGACCACUUUGCCAAGGCGUUGGGUGAGACCUGGCUCCAGAUCAAGGCCAAGGGCGGCUCCACCGGCAGCCCUGAGUCCUCGCCCAGCAGCCACAUGCUCAACCACAGUCACUCCCCCUCAGUCGUCUCCUGAAAGAGGACCAGACCAGAGCCCAUCCCCCCCCCCCCCCCCCCCCAACCUUAACCCUGUAGCCCCCCGCCCAGUGAGCCUUGGCUUCUGACAAACCAUGCGUGCAUGUUUUAGCGCAGCGCGGCGCGGACAGCAUUGCUAGUGUAUAGCUGUGUACAUAAGACAGAGGGGGAAAAAAAAGGAGGUGCUUCAUCUGUAAUUUUUUUAUGUUUUUUCUUUUUUUUGUGUGUUUUAUUUUUUCUUGUCUUUUGCCUUACUUUUUCAUUUCUUUUUGAAGUAUGUUUGCCUUCAUUUGCUUGGCAUAUGCAGCAUUGCCCACAGUGUAAAAAAAAAAAGAAAGAAAGAAACCAUGCAGGAACCAUUUUGUUUUGAACUAGGUAUUAGCAGCUUGCCUCUUAACGACCUGCUGGAGUUACCAAAGAACCUUCUGAUGCGAAACCUUUAGUCGAAGAACAAGCAGUUCUUUCAUGGCAGUAUUUGAUCUGGACUUCUGGUUGUCAUGCACCACCACCCUGUGUGCAGUCCCAUGCACCACCCCCCUCGUGUGCAGUCCCAUGCACCACCCAUGCACCACCCCUCGUGUGCAGUCC